AUGGCCCCAGAAACGCACCCUCCGGCAACGACGGGCGAUGAUGUGGCGGCGCCACCGCAGAAUCAACACCACACGCCAGUUCUUGGUAUGGACUACAAUCCCGAUCCAGCCUUGAACCCUGCGAACCAACACAGGCAUACACACCAUCACCAUUCUGCGCGGAUCGAUGCCGCAGGCGGACAUGACGAUGCCUUAUACACGUCCGGCACCACCGCGGACCCUUCUCUGGUCCCUGUCCAGCAGCAUGGAGACAACCACCACGCCCUCGGCGUCGACAAGAAGGAUCCCCUCGCCCUUCCCGAGUACUGUGACGAAAACGAGAAGCUUGAGGCCGGCGUGCUGAGCACCGGACAGGGCUCGACUGACCAUGCGCAUGGCAAGCCCAGCGGUCGAUUUACCGCCUUGUAUAGACGGUUCCGCCCUGCCUUCCACCUCGUCUACUUCCUCCUCUUCACCGGCUGGUGGAUUGCUUCUCUCAUCCUGCAUAAAGACGACAAGAAUUGGGUGGUUCCGUUUCUGCUGUGGCUUGCCAUUUCUCUGCGUCUCUUCUUUUACUACGUCCCCAGUCGCCACUUGUCGACCGCCAUCCGCUGGAUAUGGAGCCAUACGGCUCUGGUAAUCUAUCAACUGGUUCCCCCGGCUUUCCGAAUUCCCGUCGGUGCCUUUGGAGCUCUGGCGGUGGUGAUGGUAGGCACCUUUGCUUCUGAAGAGGUUGCUGACAACAAUCGUGCCAACCGAGCCGUCAGUCUUUUCGGAUUGUUGGUCAUGAUCUUCGUCUUCUGGGCCACCAGCGCACAUCGCAGCCGCAUCAACUGGAGAACCGUCAUCGUUGGCAUGCUGGCCCAGUACAUCAUUGGGCUUUUCGUGCUGCGGACCGGCGUUGGUUACGACAUUUUCAGGUUCAUCGCCGACCGCGCCGGUGAUCUCCUGGGCUUUGCUCGCGAGGGCGUGGCCUUCCUUACCUCGGAGGAGACCUCUCUGAUCAAAUGGUUCCUCCUCGGUGUCAUUCCUGCCAUCAUCUUCUUCAUCUCUCUGGUACAAGUUUUAUACUACAUCGGUUUCCUCCAGUGGUUCAUCAAGAAGUUUGCUACAUUUGUCUUCUGGGCAUUGGGGGUUUCCGGCGUAGAGGCUAUUGUGGCUGCUGCCACGCCAUUCAUCGGACAGGGAGAAUCCGCAAUGCUGGUUCGACCCUUCGUUCCGCAUAUGACCAAGGCCGAAUUGCAUCAGAUCAUGACGUGUGGUUUCGCUACGAUUUCUGGCUCUGUCCUUGUCGGUUACAUUCAGCUUGGUCUAAACGCCGAGGCUCUGGUUUCGUCCUGCAUCAUGUCUAUUCCUGCCUCUCUGGCUAUCUCCAAGCUGCGAUAUCCCGAGACCGAGGAAACCCUCACCGCCGGACGCGUCGUCAUUCCCGACGACGACGAGCACAGGGCCGAGAACGCACUUCACGCUUUUGCCAAUGGUGCCUGGCUCGGUAUCAAGAUUGGCGGGACUAUUGUCGCAUCACUUCUCUGCAUCAUCGCCUUUGUUGGCCUGAUCAAUGCUCUCCUGACCUGGUGGGGUCGGUAUCUCAAUAUCAAUGAUCCCACAUUGACUCUGCAGACCAUUCUUGGGUAUAUGCUCUACCCUGUGGCUUUCCUUUUGGGUGUCCCCCGAGACAAUAAUGACAUUCUCUUGGUUGCCCGAUUGAUUGCUCAGAAAGUCAUCACGAACGAAUACAACGGCUUCAACGAUCUCACCAAAAACAAGACUUAUGCUGGACUCUCCCCUCGCUCUCGACUCAUUGCUACUUAUGCGCUUUGUGGCUUCGGUAACAUUGGCUCCUUGGGUAUUCAAAUUGGUAUCCUCGGGCAGCUUGCUCCGUCGCGUGGUGGUGACGUCUCCAGGUUGGCUGUUUCGGCUCUCAUCUCUGGUGUUGUUUCUACGUUGACAUCAGCUACCGUUGCCGGUCUCGUUAUUACGACGCAGAUCACCAACUUCUCCAGCGCGCCUCAGCCUUAG